AUAGUCUAAGAGGAGUGUGUGGUGCCAGCAAUGCAUAUUCUCCGCCGAACUUCAUACGUGGUCCGCCUGAGGGAUAAGGAAAUCGAGUAGGACCACUAAUUCCGUAAAUGUGGCAAGGUGGCGUCCUGCUUCUACACUUGCAUGGGGCUGAUGCGGACUGUGGGACUCGGGGUUGGUGCCGGAAGCGAUGCCCCUUUGCCGGAGGAGUCGGUGUCCACGCUGAACCAUUUGCCGACCUACAGGCAGGUUCCCGGCGCCGGAACGGGCGCAGGCUCGGCGCCAGCCAAGCGGGUGCCCGUCCUCUUCUCCACCAAUCGAGGACUCUAUCUGCGCCUCGCGCAGCCAAUGGGCGAGCAGAUGGAGGUGCUGACCCUGCAGCCACGCGGACAGAACUACAACAUCAGCUUCUGCGAUCUGGAGCGAUGGAGCACCAAUCGGGCCAAUGUCGUUAGCCUGGAGGACACCUUCACCAUCAUGCAGCAGCGCAAUAAGUCGCCGGAAUCCCUGAACUAUCAGCCACGCCUGUGGAAGAACAACGUCAGCUACAGUCUGAUGCACUGAACUGAAAGCACCUC